AUGGCCAACACCGCUGCGCCGACCAUGUGUUGUUGUAGUCGUGGGCCCGCGGCGGCGGCCGGUCUGUUGUUUUUGUUGUCGUUGACUUUAAGUCAUCAGGCCUCCGCGGACGUCCGGCAUGCCCGGCACAAGAGGACGGUAUCGGAUCUCAUGGAAGGACUCAUGAACGCCAUGUACUUUCACGUGGAUCCGAUGCCUUUGCCGUCCACCGUAAUCGCCCGAAUAACUCAUUUGUCGGCACCCAGCAAAGUUUACAAGUACGUUCCAGUGCAAACAUUAAAGUUAUCAAAACUGCGUGCUCGUCAAAUAGCUGAACCAAAAUUAAGACUAAAAUAUCCGAAAAAAAUUUCAAUAGCUACAGAAGACUCGUCGUUGACAUUGUUGAAAAACGAUCUUCCGUGGACAUUACACCCGCUUCCACCUCCUUUGCCAACGUCCAAAACUAUUAAGCUCGAGGUGGACAAAUCAAUGCCAUGGGCAUUGCACCCAUUACCGCCGCCUGUUAAGACGAAAAAUUAUUCCGAUUACUAUUGGCCGGACUCUAAGACACGGCCAAAGUACUAUUACAGGUCGAAACCGUCGAAACCGUCCAAGCCAUACCGUUAUAUUACUAAUAAUAACUAUAAAUACAAAAAUCCAAAGGCUCACGCCAACUUCAAACCGACUUCGGAGUACAUCAAACCAGCUGUCAAUUAUAAGUCCGUGGUCGACCAUGAUACCAAGCCAGACGAUUACAAUAGUCACGACGAUCAUAAGCCUGCAGAUUACAAUAGUCACGUUGAUCAUAAGCCCGCCGGUUACAAUAGUCACGCUGAACAUAAGCCCGUCGAUUACAACAGUAAUAAUAACAAGCCCGACGACAAUAAUUAUAAUCACGCCGGGUACCCGCCCGAUAGUUUCAAGUACAUCGAUUACAAGCAUACCGAUUACAAGCACGUCGAUUACAAGUCUCCGGACUACAAGUCCGAAUAUCCGAAGCAUGUUAUGGAAGAAGAACCACACGAAAUCAAUAACGACGACGACCACUACGAUCACAACGACGUUUAUCAUUACUCGCACGACGAUCACUCGGCCCAAAUCAACGAUUCUCCGUCGCCGUCGUCACAGCCGCCACCGCCUUCCGCCGAGUACGUGUCACACAUCACCAUCGAGCCGUCCAUUCAAAUCGCGUCGUUUUCAGAAACGGAACUGCAAGGCGAUGGUACGAACAGGGAUAGUAGCAGCCUGUCUCAGGGUGAUACGAAACACAGGUCGUGUCAGUGUACGCUAAACGGACACCGGCACAAACGUGACACGGGCAACGACGACGACGACGACGAUGGUGUUCGUCUACCGUGGACAACCAACCGUACCACUACGGUAACCAAUAUCGACGCUAAUGUAAAUCGUACUGCGAUCCGGAAGCCAACGGAUUCGAACUCGGCGCAGUCCUCUCGGAACGCGUACUUCGCGCCUCGUAUCGGACACGCUACCGACGUUCAGAUAAUCAAGUCACACGAUAUCACCGAACAGUCAAUGAUCAACGGUCCUGCAAACGGUCCUAGUCCUGUGAACGAUCCUGGCCGUGCACACGGUCCUGGUUCUGCGAACGGUGUGGGUUACGUUCUACGGGUGCGUAACAUGAACAACGACCAUCCGGUCGCGCGGCCGCCACCCGCCGAAGCGGAUCGUGGACAGGCGAAAAAGAACGACGCGACCACGUUCAGGGACGAGAGCGACAAGUUCAAAGUGGACUUUGGUCGCGAUAUCAACGCUUGGGACGAGUCGAAAUCGGCUGCCAACAAGCAAGGACGGUAUUCGCUGAUAAAACACGACGUAGGAGGUGGAGGCGGAGAAGGAAACUCGGGCUUUGGGGACGACUACGGAAACCAACCAUCCAGAGACAGACCGGAUCCGCGGGGGAGAGGUUAUCACGCCGUUACCAGCAAGGUGGAGAACUCGGAUCGAGGAGUGUCAUUCAGCGUGCAAACUCCUUUUUCCGUUUCCAGUUUCUCAUCGAACGUCCGACAUCCGGAAGAACGUCAGUCCCGGUUUCGUUACACCGGACACAAAUCCGAAUCGUCGGUAUCGCCAUCGCCGGCACCGUUGUUGUCUUCGUUCCGGAGCGAAUACGCGGAACCACCGCUGGACUUUGAGCAGUUCGGCUUGAAGUCAGCUCUAGGCGACGACCAUCCGCUCAGUCCCGAUUUUUCGAGGGACUUGUUCGAAGACAAACAGCCGGAAUCCGCAACGAUUGGUCGGCUCUCGUCUCGAUUUCCGGAGAGCUUCGGCGCGGAUAGACGACCCAGCCCCGGGUUCUCGGGUCGACCGGUCUCACACUUUUCGAGGGAUUUCGGCCACGAUAACGACGACAGGAGUCGUUUGAAAACGUCACUGAAACCGUUCCGGUACAACGCGAAACACGGGCCAUCGCAGUCGGUCGACGAUCUUUUCGACAUCCGGCCAAAGGGGGGACGUCCGUCCAAUGAAGAAUCGGUCUUGGAAUAUUUCCAACCGGUCAUUAUAGAUUUCGACAAGUCAAAGCAGGACGACAACGAUUUCAAAUCGUUUGGUGGCAGCAGUAACAACAACUACGGAGGAAUCGACAAAUCGAAGUACUUCGGUAAAACGGACACUUCGAUUUUUGCGAAAUUCAAAAAGAAUCAGAACUCCGAUCAGCUUCGUUUGCCCGGCCGUCUGCACGAAUCCAACGAGAACUUGUCGAGGAAAAUGCUUUUACACCCUUCCACGUUCGACAUAGAUUAG